AUGUACGUAAGCUACCUUCUGGAAAAAGAAGUCAGCAUGUACCCAACUUCUGUCAGGCAUACUGGACUUGGUCUUGGUGCUCAAAAUUUUGUCAGCCCGCCGCAAUACCCGGAUUAUGGAGCUUAUCACGUACCUGGGGUUAAUUUGGACAGCGCACCACAGCCAUCUCCAUCAUGGCACAACACGUACGCACCUUCGCGGGAGGACUGGAGCAUGUACGGCACUGCGCAUACGAAUGGGGCCUAUGUAUCCACCGGGACCAUCCCUUACAACGGCACCGACGUGAACCCAAUGCCGCCACCAGGAACUGGGGUCAUUCAGGCCCUUAACGGUGGCUCAGUGGAGCAGCACGUUACGUCCAACAGUCCUCGACCCUCUUACGACUGGAUAAGAAAGCCAGCUCAGCCCAUGUCUUCUAAUUCAGGUAAAACCAGAACGAAAGACAAAUACAGAGUCGUGUAUACGGAUCACCAAAGACUCGAACUGGAAAAGGAAUUUCACUAUAGUCGCUAUAUAACAAUCCGAAGGAAGUCGGAGAUUGCAAUGAGUCUGGGUCUUUCUGAGAGGCAGGUGAAGAUCUGGUUUCAGAACAGAAGAGCCAAGGAAAGAAAAUUAGCAAAGAAAAAAAUACAACAGUCUCAAUCGGGAUUAAUGCAUAGUGGCUCUGAUGACUUUAGUCCAGCUGUUGCAAUGAGUUCUGCGGCACUAAUACCGGUGGAAAGUGGCGGAGGAGUCCAUUGUCAGAGCACCUCUACUCUGCCCGCACCUUGAUCUCAGUGAAGUCAAAGCCUCAAGCACAGACUGGCAAGGUGAAUGAUCGAUAUUAGCGAGAAAGAAGCUACCUUUGUUAAGCAACGCUACAGCUUGAGAGACUUAAUAACCCGGUUGGGUAACCUUUAUUGAUUUUGAGGCCAACUGGAGAGAAAAUGUCUGAGAGAAAAAAAAUAAUUUAGAGCAGCACUCCAAGAACAACAAUGGUCAUUUGUUUACGACACCAUUGACGUUUACACAUUUUUGGAAAUUCCAAAUGAGACUAUUUUGUAAGUUUUGAAUAGACACUUUUUACGUGUUGUUAGCGGAUUGUUUAAAUACAUUUGUGUACAUAUUUUUCUGUGUAUUCUGUGAAAAAUAAUUCUUUAUGCAUUUUGUCUCAGGGAUCAUUAAAUAUUAUAGAGUUUUUUAAAAAAGGGGUACUUAAAGCUACGCACAAAUGCUUUCAAUCAAUGCGUAGUUUCUUCCAAAGGCAACAAUAAUUGUACUUUAAAAGAACACUAUUUUAGGGUUUCAUCAAAACUAGAGCUAGACUUUGAGUGAAUUCCAUACGGCUCAAAGGCGUUGCUGUCUUGAAUGCCAUUUACUUUAAACAAAACGGUACCCAUAUACUCACUCCAAUAUUCAUUUUUAAAAAGCACUCCUCGUUGAUUUAUGUGUGAAUUUGUACCCCAUUUCCUGACAAGUUAUGAAACCCAUUUUUGGAUGAA